AUGGUAACUUUCGAAUUUAUUAAACAGAAUUUGGAGAAGGCGGAAAGAGAGUAUGAAGGUGCAAAGGAGGUGUUAAAUAAGUUCACGGAAGGGUGGGAGGGGCAGAGGUUGAAGGAGUUGUUGUUGGGAGAUAUAGACAGGCAUAGAGAAGAGUUUAAUUACUUAACAAAAAAAGAAGAAGGGUUGAAAGGAAAAAUGGAUAGUUGGGAAUAUGAGCUGAAAGAGUGGAAUAAGAAGUCGCGUGAAUUUAAUGAAGAGAAAGAAGAAGAGAAGUUUGGAGAUAACAAGAAACAAACAUCAAUGAGAGAAGACUAUACUAUAUUGAAAAAGGCAUUUAAGAAAGAAUUAAGUAAACCUGGAGAGGACUAUGUUGAUGCCUUUUUGAACCAUCUAGAUGGAUGUGCAAAAGUGUGGAGACCGAAUAAAUUCUACUCCCCUUAUACAUCACUUGUACAAGCGAGUGGGACAGGUAAGUCAAGGCUAUUGCGGGAAUUGGCAACUGAAAAAGAUGUCUUGGUAAUCUACAUUUGUCUACGCAAAUCUGGAUGGCAUGGUUACCCAAAUCGUUCAACCAUUGCUGACUAUUUAACCAAAGAAGCACAUGAUGAAACCUAUUACAUGGGGUUUCUUUCAGCUUUAUUUAGGGUGUGUAAGGAAUUUUUGGAGCAGCUCAAAAUACAAUAUUCAGGCAAAAUAUGUGGUCAUAUGUUUGACAUUCUCAUUAGUGAUAGUAAUGAUACAGAACUGUUUGGAUUGCAACAAUCUUUUUGGGGGACUGUGAUGGGAAAAAUGGAAUCGAAAGAUAAUUUAAAAGUGGGAAAAAUAGAGGAUGAAUAUAUAAAGCUAAUACCCAUUCUAGAUAAAAUGAAAAAUUCUUCUUCAUUGAAGAUGCUAUUAGCUUUUGAUGAAGCUGGCACAUUGAUUGACCACAAUAAUUCUGAUGGAAAGGAUAAUUUUUAUCACAUGAGGAAAGCAUUACAGCAUAUUCCACAUGAAUCUAAAGUCACAGGCCAUCAUUUUCUGGCUCUUUUUACAGAUACACUUUCAAGAGUUUCAAAUUUCUCACCUGCCAAGUAUAAUGAUCCAUCAUACAGAGUAUUUUUGCAAGGACAACAAUUGUACAAACCAUUUUAUCAUCUUGACACUUUCGAUUGUCAAAUGCCUCAACCAGAAAAUACCAAAAUCACAAUUACCUCAGCAAUACAACAGAUGCGUAAUAUGGGACGCCCUUUAUGGGCAAAUGUUGAAGAGGUUUAUGUUGUGGAAUUUGCUAUUGCAAAGCUUCUAUGUGAUCAUGACGAAGCAGCUAAAAUCCAUGAAAAUAAAGACAUUGAACCAAUAAAAUUAACAAUAGAACAAUCACUAGCAAUUCUUGGAGCACGAGUCUACUUGGAAAUUUCUAGAGUUUCACAACAAGCAUCUAAAUUAGUUAGUCAUCACAUGAGAAUCCUGCGACAUGUAGAUGAUAAACGUGAAUCACUAAUCACUACAUAUCCAAGUGAACCAAUAUUAGCAGAAGCAGCCAGUCACGUCAUGAGCCAUCCUAGAAUCCUGAAACAAAUUUUAGACGGUGUAAUAUAUUCAGUUAAAAAUCAUAUUAUCGUCAAUGCAGGUGAGCAAGGUGAACUUGUUGGGCGGAUUCUGUGUUUAAUGGCAUUUGAUAAGGUGAUUCAAUCAAAAUCUGGGCUUCACUACAUAUGGAACAAACACUCACAAUCAAUCACAGUGGAAGAGUUUCUCAAUGCAUUUAUUGGAGAAGGAAAUUAUGAAAAAAUUAAUUCGGUUCUCAAUGAAACCUUCAAUG